CUCCUCCUCCUCCUCCUCCUGGACCUUUCCCCUCCCUCCCACGCCGCUCCCGUGGUCUUCCCCACGACCCCACCCCCACCCCGGCGACCUCCCCCCAGCCCCACUGCCGCCGCCGCGCCGUGCGGCACCGUCCUCCUCCCCCUCCUCGCCGCCUCGCCGCGGCGUCCCUCCUUCGCCGGCCGGUCGGCGAAGUCCGGGGCUCCGAUUCGCAGAAAGGUACUAGCUUUCGGCCCUCCGGCCGGUCGGCGAAGUCCGGGGCUCCGAUUCGCAGAAAGGGGCGCUGAAGUUUGUUCCGGCGCCGUGGGAUGAGCGAGGAUGGCGCCUAGGGACAGCAAGGAGAUGCUGCAGCGGGCCGCCGAGUCCGCCAUCCGCUCCAUCGGCCUCGGCUACGACGUCGCCGCCGACGUCCGGCUCAAGUUCUGCAAGCAGCGCGGCUCGCCCGACCCGUCGCUCAUCGAGCUCGACCGCGAUGGGACCCAGGACAUCGUGCUCCCCGGCAGCCUCACCACGGUCGCCGGCGUGCCCAAGUCCAUCAAGUGCGACAAGGGGGAGCGGAUGCGGUUCCGGUCCGAUGUCCUGUCGUUUCAGCAGAUGUCGGAGCAAUUCAACCGGGAGUUAUCUUUGUCCGGAAAAAUUCCAUCUGGUCUGUUCAAUAAUAUGUUUGAAUUUACUGGCUCCUGGCAGAAAGAUGCUGCGAGUACCAAGUCACUUGCUUUUGACGGUUGGUGUAUCACACUAUAUACUGUUGCACUCUCGAAGGCACAAAUUGUACUACGAGAUCAUGUUAAGCAAGCUGUUCCAUCAACCUGGGAACCUGCUGCUUUGGCAAGGUUCAUUCAAAAAUUUGGGACACAUAUAGUCGUUGGUGUUAAAAUGGGAGGGAAGGAUGUAAUUUAUUUGAAACAACAGCAUUCAUCAAGCUUGCAAGCCGUUGAUGUUCAAAAACGAUUGAAGGAGAUGUCUGACAGGAGAUUUCUUGACGCAAAUGGGCAAUCUGACAUUAGUUUCAGGGAUGCGUAUGGGAAGGAGGAUAAGAGUGACAGAAGAGAGCAGCGACUGAGAUUUGUGGAGUCCAGUCCCCUAAAUUCUUAUGCUUCGAAGGAGGAUUUGGUAGUGCUGCCUAGGCGAAGAGGUGGAAGGGAUAAAGAUAUGCUCUCUCAUAGCGAGUGGCUAAAUAGUGUUCAAGCAGAACCUGAUGUUAUCUCAAUGUCUUUUAUACCUAUUACUUCAUUGUUGAAUGGAGUUCCUGGUAGUGGAUUUCUGAAUCAUGCAAUUAAUCUGUACCUUCGUUAUAAGCCUCCAAUUGAGGAAUUGCACCAGUUUCUGGAGUUCCAGCUUCCAAGGCAGUGGGCACCAGUUUAUAGUGAUCUCCCUCUCGGUCCUCAGAGGAAAAAGCAAAGCAGUGCAUCUUUGCCAGUAAAUUUUAUUGGUCCAACACUUUAUGUUUGCACCAACAUGGUUGAUGUGGGCAAAAGACCAAUUACGGGGCUCCGGUUGUUUCUUGAAGGAAAGAAGAGUAACAAAUUAGCUAUCCAUCUCCAACAUCUCUGUUCUCUUCCCCAGAUUAUCCAGCUCGAAGAUGACCCUUACAACAACCGAACUCCAGAACCAUUUGACCGCAAAUACGUGGAACCCAUAGGAUCGUGGAAGCGUUUCUCCCACGUCUGCACAGCGCCUGUGGAGUCAGAGGACGCCUCCAUCGUCACAGGAGCACGGCUAGAAGUGAUCAGCCAGGGCUUCAAGAAGAUACUGUUCCUUCGGCUGCACUUCUCCAAGGUCGUGAACGCCCACUCCGUCAGGCAGCCCGAGUGGGAGGGGUCCCCGAACCUAAUCCAGAAGUCAGGCCUCAUCUCGACGCUCAUCAGCACGCAUUUCUCCACGGCGGUCCAGAAGCCGAUGCCCCGCCCUGCCGACGUGAACAUCAACUCGGCGGUGUACCCCGGCGGCCCGCCCGCCCCGGUGCAGCCCCCAAAGCUUCUCAAGUUUGUGGACACGACGGAGAUGGUGCGUGGGCCGCAGGACCUGCCGGGGUAUUGGGUGGUGUCGGGCGCCAAGCUGCACCUCGAGAGGGGCAAGAUAUCCCUGCGGGUGCGGUACUCGCUCCUGACGGCCAUGCUGCCCGACGACGAGGAUUACCCGCUUGAUGAUGAGUUCUAGGAUCCCCUAGAAAACAAUCAGAAUGAAACGACUCCUGUCGUCAUCCCUUCAUUUGUUAUGUGCGGCUGACCGUGAGGGCGUGAGCGGGUGAAAGAUUUAGAGUUUUCGUUGCGCCCGUGCUCUUGUUGUUAGUUUCCGUUGUAUACAAUUGUGGGUUUUUCGCAGUAAUGAGUGCUGUGUCCUGAAAUGGAGGGAGAAAAGGAAAAUUUGUUGUUUGUGGCGUGGGACUUGAGUUGAAUAGGUUAGGUGACAGAUUAAAUUAUUUGUAUAUAUACAAAAUGCAACAGGGAACUGUUUUGGUUUUGCAUUGUCAAAAGGUUCAGGUGUUUAAGGAAA